GAGAGAGGGAGAAGGAAAGGGGGCUUAUGCGCAUGUUCGCAGAACAAGCUAGAGACAUAAUGGGGAGCUGAGGAGAGGCUCAGUGUGGGAAAUAAGGGUCCGAGAUGCUGCAAGACAUUCAAGUGGAGGCGUUGAGUUAGAGGAAGGGAGAACACCAGCUCAGCGGCAUCAGCUGCACGUUCCGCUCGGAUGACCAUGCAGACAUCCUGCAGCUCAGGCUCCUCCAGCUUCUGUCCUCAGAGGCCCCAGAAGACUGAAAGAUGGCGGCAGCCAAGCUUUUGCCACCGUCAGCAGGACUUCAGGCCAAGGUGACCUUCGAUGAUGUGGCUGUGCUCCUCUCCCAGGAAGAGUGGGACCAGCUGGGCCCUGCUCAGAGGGGCCUCUACCGAAACGUGAUGAUGGAGACGUAUGGGAACGUGGUUUCACUGGGAAUUCCAGGAUCUAAGCCCAUCGUGAUCUCCCAGCUGGAACGAGGGGAAGACCCAUGGGUUCUGGAUGGCCAGGGGGCUGAGAAGAGCCAGCGCCCAGGGAGUAAUUACUCAGAUGACCUCAAAUGUGACUACACUGCACCCUGUGUGCAACAAGACAGUUUACUCGGGGGAUGUAAAACCAAAGAAGAGAACCAAAAUACAGAGUUGGAUGUGAUGGUGGGGAAAACACCCCCAGGAAGGAUUGAUCAAGGACCUGAUAAAACAGAGCAAAGCUUUGGCCACCGUCCAAACUCUGUUGGCCACCGCGAGGUUGAGGUGUUGAAGCAGAGCAUGGCACUUACUCCAGCAGCUCCUAAUGGAGAGAGGCCCUACAUAUGCAUCGAGUGUGGGAAGUGCUUCGGUCGGAGCUCGCAUCUCCUUCAACAUCAGCGAAUCCACACUGGAGAGAAACCUUAUGUGUGCGGGGUGUGUGGGAAGGCCUUUAGCCAAAGUUCAGUCCUCAGUAAACACAAGAGGAUUCACACGGGUGAGAAGCCCUAUGAGUGCAAUGAGUGUGGAAAAGCCUUCAGGGUGAGCUCAGAUCUUGCUCAGCACCACAAGAUCCACACGGGAGAGAAGCCCCAUGAGUGCCUCGAGUGCCGGAAGGCCUUCACUCAGCUCUCGCACCUCAUUCAGCACCAGCGGAUCCACACGGGCGAGCGGCCUUAUGUGUGUCCCUUGUGUGGGAAAGCCUUCAACCACAGCACCGUGCUGCGCAGCCACCAGCGAGUGCACACCGGGGAGAAGCCCCACAGGUGCGGUGAGUGUGGGAAAACCUUCAGCGUGAAGAGAACGCUGCUGCAGCACCAGAGGACCCACACCGGGGAGAAGCCCUACACCUGCAGCGAGUGCGGGAAGGCCUUCAGUGACCGCUCAGUCCUCAUCCAGCACCACAACGUGCACACGGGGGAGAAGCCCUACGAGUGCGGCGAGUGCGGGAAGGCCUUCAGCCACCGUUCCACCCUGAUGAACCACGAGCGGAUCCACACGGAGGAGAAGCCCUACGCGUGCUAUGAGUGUGGGAAGGCCUUUGUUCAGCACUCACACCUGAUCCAGCACCAGCGGGUGCACACUGGGGAAAAGCCCUAUGUGUGUGGUGAGUGUGGCCAUGCCUUCAGUGCACGCCGGUCUCUGAUCCAGCAUGAGAGGAUCCACACAGGCGAGAAGCCCUUCCAGUGCACAGAGUGUGGCAAGGCCUUCAGCCUGAAAGCAACUCUGAUUGUGCACCUGAGGACUCACACGGGCGAGAAGCCCUACGAGUGCAACAGCUGCGGGAAGGCCUUCAGCCAGUACUCGGUGCUCAUCCAGCACCAGAGGAUCCACACGGGCGAGAAGCCCUACGAGUGCGGGGAGUGCGGCCGCGCCUUCAACCAGCAUGGGCACCUGAUCCAGCACCAGAAAGUGCACAGGAAGCUGUGACCUGCAGCUGCCAGGGCAGCACGUGAUCCGAGCUGCAUGGGACUGCGGGCAUCCUGCAUCCCAGAAGAGCCACGUGACCCCACAGGCAGUGCCUGAUGAUCCCGUGUCACAGAGUGCACCAGACACCUUCUCUCUGCCUGUAUGAUUACAGUUGUAAUGAAUUGUGGUAAAGGUAGCCAUAACAACAUUAUUGAAGUGAGUAGGGCGCAUUAAGGCAUAAGAACUAUUGUCCCGGUAAGACUCAUUUACAUUUCAAAUAAAGAUUUUCUUCCCCCUGA